AUGUUGAUCGGUAUCACUGGAAACGGUGGUGUUUUAAUUGCAUUUACCAAAAACCGACGCCUGCGCUCGGCUCGGAAUAUAUUUUUACUUAACUUGAUAAUCACCGAUCUGUUGCUGUGUGUUAGCGCUAUUCCGGUUACACCCUGGUACGCACUGACAAAGAACUGGAGCUUCGGAGCGCUGAUGUGUCGGCUUAUGCCACUUUCCAAUUCAUGCUCAGUUUUUGUUACCAGUUGGAGUCUCAUGGCCAUAGCGAUAGAUAAAUUUGUGCACAUCAUAGAUCCAACACGUGCGCCCGUAUCAACACGACAAGCCGCCCUAGUGACAACAUGUAUCUGGGUGGUAAGCACGCUGAUCAACGUGCCCUAUCUGAUGAGCUACGACCUCGUCGACGGCGCCUAUUAUGUCCCAAAGGACGCGGCGCCAUUUUGCGGGUAUUUCUGUGACGAGAUCAACUGGCACGGUGAAACACCGCGAAGGCUUUAUGGCUCUGCUGUCGUUUUGCUGCAGGUUUGUUCAGCUGAUAGCUCACCUAGUGCGGUUAUUUGGAUAAUGACUGUAAGUGGUUGGAGGACCCAACUCUUCAAAUUUGUUCAGUAA